AUGAGUAUCUUCACCGGCUGCGGCCUCAACUUCGCAUUCGGAGUGUAUCAAGAACUCUACGAAUCCAUGUCCCAACUCCCCAGUCGCACCCCAUUCACCGGCGUCACUCCAGCCCAUAUCGACCUCAUCGGGACGCUGGCCGUCUCCAUGAUGUCCCUCGGAGCGCCAUUCGCCUCGGGCUGGUGCAAAUCCUAUUCCCCCCGCAGGAUCACUCUAGCCGGGACAAUCAUCUUCGCCACCGCCAACAUCCUCGCAUCGUUUUGCCAGCACCUCUGGCAAUUCGUCCUCACGCAGGGCGUCCUACUAGGCUGCGGCACAUGUCUCACCUACAUCACCGCCGUAACCGUCGCCCCAGGCUGGUUCACCACCCACCGCGGCCUCGCCAUCGGCAUCAUCUCCUCCGGCACCGGCGUCGGCGGCGUAGUCUGGGCGCCUGCGCUGCGCGCUCUGAACGCCCAGAUAGGGUUCAGGAAUACCCUCCGUCUCACAGGCGGUCUCUCGACGGUACUGCUGGGCGCUGCCUCGCUCGUGCUAGACUGGGACCCGCGCACCAAGCGCCAGAUCGAAACAGAACGAGCGACAUCCUCCGCGUCCCGGCUCCGCGUCACGCUUGUGGACUGGCGCGUCGCGCGCACUAGGAAGUUCAUCGCGCAGUGUCUCUCCGCCGGACUGCAGGGUGCGGCGUACUACGCGCCUGUGUACUUCAUGUCGACGUAUGCGCGCACGCUGGGCUACUCCGCCGCGACGGGGGCGAUGUUCAUCUCUAUUUCGAAUGCGUCGUCGGCUGUGGGGAAGGUGGUCAUCGGGCAUGUUGCGGACCGUGCGGGGCGGAUCAACGUCUUCCUCUUUACGACGCUGAUGAGCGCCAUUGCGACGCUGGGGCUGUGGUUGCCGUCUACGGUAUCUGGCGGGAAGGCCCUGUUCGUCGCGUUUGCGAUGUUCUAUGGUGUGUUUGCUGGGGCAUAUGUGAGUCUGUUUCCUGCGACGCUGGUGGAGUUGUUUGGGGUGGAGCACUUUGCCAGUGUCAAUGGGUUUUUGUAUAUGGUGCGCGGGUUUGCGGCGUUGGUUGGGACGCCGGUGGCAGGGGCGUUGAUCCGGAGUGGUGGCUCGCAUGUCAGUCAGGAGCUGAUGAGCAAACUGUUCUUCAAUACGAGCAUCUUGGUUGGUGUUUUGCUCGUCGGUGCUACGGUGGGUGUGGUGUGGGUGAGAAUCGAGGCGGCACUGAGUACGAUGGAUCGUCAGGCCGGCUUCAAUGGAGGGAUCAAAUGGAGGAUUUGA